CCGUUAUCGGCAGAGGAAAAAAAAAAUCCUGACAGUCGCCAUGAUACAGCAGCGGAAACGGAGGAGAAGUAGCUAGAAAACAAAAGGAGAACACGCAGUCGUCCUCGCGAUUUGGUAUGCUCUUGCAGUGUUAUAGGAAUGCCCAAGGAAAAAUAUGACCCGCCGGAUCCCAGGCGGAUGUACACAAUUAUGUCCAGCGAGGAGGCAGCCAAUGGGAAGAAGUCAUACUGGGCUGAGCUGGAAAUAAGUGGUCGAGUAAGGAGUCUCAGCACAGCCCUGUGGUCUCUCACCCACCUCACUGCCCUGCACCUCAGUGACAACUCACUGUCACGCAUCCCGCCAGACAUUGCCAAACUACACAACCUGGUGUACCUGGAUCUCUCAUCCAACAAGAUCAGGAGCCUGCCGGCAGAGCUCGGCAACAUGGUGUCUCUCAGGGAACUGCUUUUAAAUAACAACCAGUUGCGGGUUCUGCCAUUUGAAUUGGGGAAACUGUUUCAGUUACAAACACUGGGGUUGAAAGGAAACCCACUUGCACAAGAAAUUAUGAGCCUCUACCAGGAACCCGAUGGCACGCGAAGACUGCUCAGCUACUUACUAGACAAUCUGGCGGGGGCUAUCAAACGCAUACCAACAGAGCAGCCGCCAGCCCGGUCAUGGAUCUCCCUCCAGGAACCAGAUCGAGCACGGCCUUCGGCAUUGUUCUCCGUCAUGUGCUACAAUGUACUUUGUGAUAAGUAUGCCACACGACAGCUAUAUGGCUACUGCCCCACUUGGGCUCUGAACUGGGAGUACAGGAAGAAAUCCAUCAUGCAGGAGAUCCUCGGCUGCAAUGCGGACAUCAUCAGUCUGCAGGAAGUGGAGACGGAGCAGUACUACAACUUCUUCCUGCCUGAGCUGAAGGAGCAAGGCUACGACGGUUUCUUCAGUCCAAAGUCUCGAGCCAGAACCAUGUCAGAAUCGGACCGUAAACAUGUAGACGGAUGUGCAAUUUUCUACAAGACAGAAAAGUUCAGUGCAGUGCAGAAGCACACGGUGGAGUUCAACCAGCUGGCCAUGGCUAACUCCGAGGGCUCCGAGGCCAUGCUGAACAGGGUGAUGACAAAGGACAACAUCGGGGUCGCCGUCCUGCUCGAAGUUCGCAAAGAGAUGAUGGAGCUCUCCUCUGGAAAGUCCCUCCACGGCAUGGAGAAGCAGCUACUCCUGGUCGCUAAUGCCCACAUGCACUGGGACCCGGAGUACUCUGAUGUCAAGCUGGUUCAGACCAUGAUGUUCCUGUCAGAAGUGAAGAACAUAGUGGACAAGGCCACGCGCAGCCUCAAGUUAUCGUCCAUCUCCGGUGAGACCAAUGCCAUUCCACUGGUGCUCUGCGCUGACCUCAACUCCUUGCCCGACUCCGGUGUGGUGGAGUACCUGAGUACUGGUGGAGUAGACUGCACCCACAAGGACUUCAAGGAGCUUCGCUACAGCGACAGUCUGACCAAAUUCAACUGCAACGGCAAGAGCAGCACGUCCAAUGGCAGGAUCACCCACGGCUUCAAGCUGAAGAGCGCCUAUGAGAACGGCCUGAUGCCUUACACCAACUACACCUUUGACUUCAAGGGUGUCAUCGACUAUAUUUUCUACUCCAAGCCUCACCUGAACGUGCUGGGUAUCCUGGGCCCUCUGGACCCCCACUGGCUUGUAGAGAACAAUGUCAGCGGGUGCCCCCAUCCCCACAUCCCCUCUGACCACUUCUCCCUCUUUGCUCAGCUGGAGUUGCUCCUGCCCAACGCGCCUCCCCAGGUCAACGGGCUCCACCUGCCCGCGCGCAGGUAGUGAGUCCCGGCCGCACCACCGGGGGGCGCUGCAGCCACAGCCCCUUCCUCCUCAACCUCCUCCCUCCCACUACCAGCUCUUCCCUCCACCACACUGGAGGAGGAAGACAAAUAAACACAACCUGUAAAAUAUUCGUACAGUGAGGUCUGGCUGACAGGGAUUUCGUAAAAUGUUAUAGAUAUUCUAUAUUUUUCUUUUUUUCUUUCUCUGUUUUUUCUUUUAUGUUCUUUUUUAACUGCUCGAUUCAGUCCUUUAUCGUGUAUCAUAUUUUGCGUUUUGACUCCCGUUCCCUCCGACGUCCACGAACCCCCCGACCCCGCAUCGCUUCUGUCACUCAAACGUCAGUGGAUGGUAGCUCAUUCAGAUUUGUCACACGGGGCACUGUUUGGUUCAGGGGCAGUGGAAAAUUGGGAAGAAAAAAGUUGGCUCACGGGGCGACAUCCACCCAACGAGCUCCAUAGCUAAAGGUCUGCACGUCCGCCUGUCCUGUAUAAAUCUAAAAACCAGCAACGACGGCGGACCUGUCAUUCUCGGACCUCCAUCAUUGGCUCGCGCUUGCUUUCCUCGGUACUUUAUGCAGCCAGAAUAUUUCCUCAGCCGUUGCUGAGCGGGACGCGUUCGGGUUGGUGCAGCUUUUUUUUUGGCUGGUAGUUAAGCUACGACCAGAGGUGGACGAGGAGAUAUUUCCUGCUGUCACCCUGUGGUGCUGAGGCCCCUUCACGGCCUCCCGCGGUGCUACAUAGACUACACCUCUGGCAGCGGCCCUGGUGCAUUAGCUACCCAAACCCCACAGAUGCCUGAAGACCCAGAAUCCCGGAGCCUGCAUUGGCCUGAUUCCGCACACGGACAGGCUGUAACGCCGUCCUGUGCAGGAAAGAUGUGAGAAACUCAAGAGCAGCUACCAUCCCCUUCGCAGACUGUUUCACCCCAGCUUUGUAUUGUUUUUAGGCUUGUCUUGUGCGUAGGAGCUCACGUGGCCCAUGUAUCACCGUUUUGGGAGCAAGGGGGGGGGAGGGGAGGGAGUUAGGCUGAUGGGCAACGCGAUGGGGGGGGGGCCGUCGCAAACUUCUUUAUCCAGAUCGCUUUUAGGCAGCGAGAGCGAGUAUUGGCUGAUACAUGGGAACAAAACCAGCAUUCCUCUCACUGUCGGGAGUUGCCACCCAACCACACACACACACUCUCUCACACACACAUACACACACAAGCGUACACACACAGGUAAUUUGCAGGCAGAUCUGUAGCACUGUCUCCGAGGCCAGUAGUGAUUUUCCCCAGCCAUAAAAUCCAUACACAAAAGCAGUGGUUUUUUUUCACAAGUGUUUGUACAGAAUAGAAAUCUAGACUCAGUCUUUACAUGAUUGUAUAUGAACCACAAAAGACCUGUUUUCUGGCGUUUUUUUGUACGAAGAGUAAAUUAUGAUCAGAUUUGAAAAAAGAUUGUAUUGUAAACUAUGGCUAAAUUUUUAUCCAGUUAAUGUUAAGAUGAAUUGAUAUUACCAGCUUGUACAAAAGACGUAAGAAGAGGUUGUUCAAGGCGUUCGCUUGUCAAUACUUUGCACUCCAUACAUUGACUGUAAUUGAUGUAUCAGUAUUGUUUUAUCUUUUCUUCCCCCCCCCCCGUUCGUCUCCGCCGUUGGUUUGAUCUGCGAUGUAAAUAGACACGACGAGUAAACUCUGCCUGUUGCUUCUCCUCGCCCAUUAUCAAAGCCAUCGAUCCAUACCGCUGCCAUCAGUUCCGAACAAAAGAAGGACACGCAAGAAUGGGUCACAUCUGUUCAUCUCCACAUCUCACUGGACAGUGACGUGUGACUGACACGAUCUCGGAAACAAAACCCCCCACAUGUACAUCGUGCCUCACUGUAGCAGUGGACGUUGUCUUGCACUAUUUACACGCGACGAACGCCUGAACAACCUUUUCUCCUUUUAUUUUUAAAUACUGUUGAGACAUUUGUGAAGAUUUUAUGUCCAUUUUUUGUUAAUGUUUAUUUCCUUUUUUUUUUUUAUGAGCUGUGACAAUGUUAUGUGUAUAUCCUUCCUAUCCACUGAGCUCUCUGGUCAGCAGGUAUGCUCUCUCCACUGACCCUCUCUUCUGUCCCGAACCGACACGAGUCAGGGUGUCUUAUCUCGAUGAAUUCAUUCUUAAAAUUGUUUUUGCUCCCUCUUGGUACCCUCGCACAGCUCCCUGCCCGGGCCCCGGAAAAGUUUGAGCCCCGAGCUUUCCUCCAUGGCCAUGAAUUUUAAACCUCCUCAAGCCUGUCCAUCACCCUAACCCUUCGACCCCCCCCCCCUAACCUGCCCACCACUUGAUUUUUACCUACUCGCUAUAUUACUCAAACUGUAUCUUUUAAAAGAAAAGAAGAAAAAAAAAAAGCCCUCUGCUCAACCACUUUGUAUAGUUUUCCUACCCUCGUCACUGCAGCGAUAGUGCCAUUUUUGUGGACCCCCUACCUCUGUACCGGAAAGGUCGGACGGCCCACUGUUGGGAUCGACACGGGAUGAGGGUCGGCGAGCUCGCCGGCUCCUCCUCCGAAGGCCACGCUAACAGUUUGCAGUCGAUCAAAUCUGUUAGACCCCGAAAAGUGAAACCCGACCGCCUGAGCAGUCGUGCUUUUUCCCACAGAAUGAUGAUGAUGAUGAUGAUGAUGAGCACUUAUUAGACUGAGACGCAGCUCCUGUCACUCCCCGCCCGGCCCAUCCUACUAAUGAGUGACCAUCUCAUUACUUUAAUGUACAUGAUUGAAUGAAUGAAUUUUUAAAGCAAGAGGGAAGCAAGCAAAAUAGGAAGUAUGAAUUAGGUCCUCGGAUCAAGGUCGCUUGUCCCAGUUUUUGUUUUGUUGUUUUUUUUUUUAAUUUUUCCCCAGUGGAAAUCAAUGUGUCCUGUUUGAGUUCUGUUUCUUUCUCUCCUUCCUGAAUGGCAUUAGUAUUGUAGUAGAUUUAAAGGGUAGCUUUUUUUGUAAAGUGUGAAUAAAAGGUGUAUCUCAUGUUUCCUUUCUAAAAAGAUAAUGAAUUGUGUUGUUGAUGUGUAAAUCAUGAAUUCUAUGACGGUGUUAUGUUUGCUACAUUGUUUUUCCCUUGACUCAAACUCCCCCCCCCCCCACCCUCCCUCCACGUCUUGAAACCAAAUCCUCUGCAGAAAUCACGGUGAUGGGUUGAUCAGAGAAACCGAAUGUCGUUAGGACCGAGCGCGUACCGGAACGGAAGUGACCCGCGUCACUGGCGUCCGUUACAAAUGUCAGCACAGGGAUAUUCAGUUGUCCUUUUCUUCUUUUUUUUUUUUUCUUUUACUGUCAGCUUUAUUUUGGAUGUGGCGCGGCGCUAGCCGGAGAGCGCUCGUGUCUGUAGGUUAGGGCAGCAGCGCUGUCUGACUAGUGGCUGCAGUUCAGUGCUAGAACACACAGUUUUGACAGGUGUUUAAAAAAAAAAAAUAAAAGAAAAAAAAUGUUUGUAAGACUAAGCUAAUGAUGUGCCGCUAGACUGGUCCUGUGACGUUCUUUUGACUAGUCCAUCUCAUUCUGUUCUCGUGCACCACAGUGGUUAAAUUUGUUUAACUAGCUAGCUUCUCUUGGUAGUCACUGAUAAUGUUGUUGGGUCUCUUGGGCUCUCAGCUCCCCCCUCCUCUCCUCUCCUCUCCUCUCCUCUCCUCUCCUCUCCUCUCUCCAUCCUGCUCAUGUUAAACCACAGACGACUCGUGACUGAAUCAGUCGAACCGAGCUGAGCUUCGGCACCUUGUGAGCUCCAGUGAGUUGAUCACAUUGUUGUUGGCUUUGUACUUUUUCCACUGUAGCAUCGUUUCAUAGUUGGGUUGUUAGAUGUAGAGUGACUUUCUUUUGUGUUUCUUUCUUUGAUUUUAUUUUAUUUCUUUUUUUUUUUUUUCCUCCUCCAGGCUGCAUCUCUUUUGUAACGGUGCACACCAAAGCUGCUUGUAGUUCAGUUCUCUGUCGCGGAGCGAUUUUUUUUUUUUCUCACACCAACCAAAUCAUAGUCUUCAUGAAAUGUAGGGCUGUAAGGAAAGCAAAGUACUUUUGUCCUUUUCCUUGACUCACAUGAACACCCACAUUCACAUCUUAACUGCUGUUAGUUUGGUUUUUCAACCCAUAAGCUUGUUUCAGAUGCAUCAUUUUUCUUUUUCCCUAAAAAAAACAAACAAACUUGGCAAUAAUAUCUAGAAACAUUCAGAUUUUAAAGAAAAUAGUCUGGAACAAUGUAGCUAUUGCAUCUUUCCAACUGUGGCUGUUGUUUUUAAACUCUCCAUCUUCAGACCUUUCCAGACACUUCGGUUACCCAGACUCCUCCUUUUUCUCAUCCAUCUUGUAUAUUUGCUCAUCUCCUGCUCCCUGCCAGUUUAGUGGUAGUUGUUCAAUGAUCAGGAUUGUCUAUCUGUAGUCAGCUGAGUACAUAUAUUGAUCUGUGUCACUGUGUUUAUGCACUGGACCAACUAUUGUUUACCAUUCAUGAAUACCAGCAAAAAAAAAAAAAAAAAAAAAGACAAGAAAAAGGAAUAAUGACAAAAACACUUGCACAAUGUUG